UCAACUGAGAUGGCACUCCCACCAGAGAAGAUCUCCGAGUUGAAGCAAAUUAUCCAUUCGCAGCUUUCGCAGAUGGAUGUACAAAAUCGUAUUCGAGACAUAAUAUCUGAAUCAAUUCAAGACGAGUAUCCAGGGCGAAUGGACCAGGUUGGAGAAGAAGAGUUACUGCAAAAGCUUAAGCAACGAGGACUGGUAGAUGACAUCCUCCAAAAACUUCAGUUCGAUAGCAGUAGUGGAGGGGCAAACAAUGGUCGUCCUGCUACGCACUUCCUGGACAAGGACGACAGACUGACACAGUUACCUUCUAAGAAAGCUAAUAUUGACCCUACACGACGCUACCUUUAUUUCCACAUUCGCAGUGGUAAGGCUUUCUUGGAACAUAUUGAAGAUACUGACCCAGUUCCUGGGCAGGUAACCUCCCACUUCACCUUCUAUCUGUACUUUCGUGGACAGAGAUUUCGAUCACGACCUGUGCCAUGUGCCUGUGAACCCAGCAUUGAAGAAGGUUUUCUCCUAGAGUUACAUAAAGAAUCUGCAGGAGAAGCAGCAAAGAUGGCAGACCCUUCAUCCAUGCUUUCUAUAUCUGACCCAAUUCAUCUGGUGCUUGUCAAGACAGACAUGAUAGGGGAGACAAGCCUGGUAUCCUCACACUUCUUUGAAUGGCGUCCAGUUCUUGCAGCAUCAGGGGGAAGACUGUCCAUGUCUUUAGAGCUGAAGGGCAUUGGAAGUGAAAGUAAAGUGGCAGCUGGAAUAUUGGAGAUUUUGUUGGAACUUUUCCCUAAGGUACAAAAAUCUGUCGGUCAGGAUAUACUGACAGCACAACUGACCAUGGAGAAAAAUCGACAGGCAGAGAGAGAACGGCUAUUUCUUGUUUAUGCAAAGCAGUGGUGGAAAGAAUACCUCCAGAUAAGACCUGAACAUAGCGAUAGACUUGUUAAAAUAUUUGCUCAGGAUGAGAAUGCUACAAAUCGACCUGUGUGCUCAUUUGUGAAGCCAUUAAGGUCAGGACGACUACUUGACACAGCACGACACUCUGCACGCUUUGUUAGUCUCAUCCACCAUGAACGAAUACAAACACUUGGAGGAGGUGCCCGGACUGAACAGUGGACGAACAUGCACGCCUUUCUGUGUCGGAACAAGGGGGACACAGAGGACCACGCUACCCUACUCUGUAGCCUCCUUCUGGGAUUUGGCCUGGAUGCGUAUGUUUGUGUGGGGACCAAAGCUAAAGGUGCUGUAGUAGCUUGGGUAAUGGCCAUCACAGUUGACGGCCAGAUCACAUUCUGGGAAAGUCUGAAUGGACAUAGAUACUUGCAUACACCUAUUGAUCCAAAUGCCCCUCCACUGGACAAACAGCACCGUCCAAAGUAUCCCUAUAAGACUGUAGGUUGUGUAUUCAACCACCAGUCAUUCUAUGCCAAUAGUCAGCCAAUGGACUCUGUUGAGGUUUGUGUAUUUGACCUGAAAAAUGAGUCACGAUGGAAGUCCAUGUCCCAGGAUGCCAUUCUGUCAGUAUGUGGACCUGGAGCCAGUCCUCAGUGGCCUUCACUGCCACCUCUUUGUGCCUCUAAUCUAGACCCAUCCCUCAUCAGCAAUGACCUUGAACAGCAGCUUCGUGUUCUCACUUAUGAACACAGACAGGACCAGGGUUUAACAACAGCUUGGGAUGACCAGCUCAGCUACCUCCUCACCCCAGCAUUAUCAGCAUAUGAAAUGGAGAGAAUCACAGGACUUAUAGCCGGUAAUGAGGAGUUUCAAGACUCCAUCAAACAAGCUGUUCCUGAUGGUCAUACAUUUAAAGGCUUCCCAAUACAAUUUUCUCAUCGCAAUGCACGCAAGGCGUUUGUCACAUGUCUCAAGUCCCCAGUCUGUGAGGAGAUUAUAAAUUGCCGUGGUGAUCAUGUCCGCCUGGCAGUACGAGUGCGAAUCUAUCCUUAUCCUGAAUCUGCGUGUGCCACUUGGGUCAUGUUCGCUGCCAAAUAUAAAUCAGUACUGUAAUCUGGGGAAGCUCAAACAUUUGAUGGACUGUUCAGCCAAUUAGUGAUUAAUAGAUAUCUGAUAGUGAAGUAUGCGUCUAUGAUUGUAGAGAUUACGGAGACUGAAACACAGCUCUGUAUAAUAUAGAACCUGAAUAUUCUAUGUUCUGAUGGAGACUUAGUGAAACCUCGAUAUUCUGAUGGAGACCUAUUCAAAGCUGUAUACAAUAUAGAUUGUGAAUCCUCUAUAUCCUGAUGGAGACAUAUUGAAACCUCGAUAUUCUGAUGGAGACGUAUUCAAAGCUGUAUACAAUAUGGGUUGUGAAUCCCCUGUAUACUUAUGUCUUAUUCAGUGUUGUAUGCACAUAGAAUCGGAAUUCUUUAUGUGCUUGGUCAAUGAACAGAGAAACUUAACCAAAGCUGUGUCCAUUAUAUAUCACAAAUUCUAUGCAUUUCAAAAAGCUGAGUUAAACAGUAAUUAAGGGAUACAGUGUACAAUCGGAUUUCUGGAUGAAAUAGUUCUAUACAAUUUAGAUCUUUAUUUCUGGAUGCUCCAGUUUCUGCAUAUCAUGUUGGAUCUGAAUGCAUGUGCUCACAAAUCUAUCAUAAUGGCUGUGUUAUUUUAUAUCAGAAACGUGUUGGUGAACAAAUGAUGGCUUCUUCAUGUGGAUUGACUCCAGUGUAUAAGAGAUUAUGUGACUUUUACAUGAAGCAUUGAAUUUGUUGACUACAUAGUGCUCCUUUAAUUUUAUAUAGAAGUUGUGAAUUGAUGAGCAAAUAUUUACUGUAAGUACUACUGAAUUGUGAGAGUCAUGUAAGGUUGUGUAAGGUGUUUGGAUGCUACAUUAGACUCUUGGGUGGUUGUGUGAAAAAAAUGGUUUAAAACUUAUGUUAUUAUUAUGAUCAUGCAGUUAGUGAUGAGGAGAGUCUGAUUGAUGUUGAAUAGAAUAAUCACAUAAAUGCUGUGAUCAUAUUUACCUGUAUCUUAUGUUGUAUGAAUUAUACCUGGAAUUAAUCUACAAAUAUGUGAUAAAAACUAUAUUGUAUAUAGUAUACAUUACCUUUAACAGCACAGCUAGCUAGCCACUUCUGAAAUUUUUGUUGAUGUUUGAAGAAUGGCAUCUGUCUAUAAUUAGUUAGUUUAUAUACAAUGGCAACUCUGCUUUAAUUCUUUGUAGUGUAGAAUGACAUGAUUGGAAAAUAUUGGCAAAAUGGUAACUGUCCAGUCAAUCAGAAGAUGGCUCUUUUGAAUGUCUUAUCCUGAACAGCAUCUGUAAAUUCACUUUCUUUGACAGGUACUAACUUCUGUAAUUUCUGUGUCUCAAUUUGCAGGUGACUUUUGGGGAAAAGACUAUAAAAAAAGUUUGAAGCUACACAAAAAAAAUAAUUACCCCUGUUUAAAGUUUUCAUUGAUAAACUUCUGGUGAAUUUAUUUUUAUUAUGAAAUUUACAAAAGUAAAUUGAAUGCAAAUGAAAGUUGCUUUACAGUAUGCAGAUAUGAGAGAAACAUACUGUCAAGCAUAAAUUGGAUGUUCUGUUAUCAGGAUUAAAAAUAUGAUAAAAGCUUGAUUGGUCCUGAUGUCAGUACCUAUCUGUCAUGUAUCCUUAUCACUGAUGCCCAGAAAUGUAGAUUGUAAUUCUCUAAAACAUAGGAAUCUCCUGAUCCCAUGACCACGAGCAUUCUUCUGAGUGGGGCUUGUAACAGAAUUCACAUUUUAUCUGUUUAAAUGGUACUUAAUGUCAAAUGUUUAGCAUGGAUGCUCAACAGGACAGCAUUAUUGGUACCUAUGGUGUCUAUGUAAUUGUUAAUGCUGAAGUACAUGCACAUCUCCCAGAUCUGGUGAUAGUUAUAGCAAUAAUAUCAAGAUGAAACCUAUUCCUUCUAUUUUGUUAUCUUUAUUUUUUUGUAAGUUCAACAUUUUAUGAAACUGUUAUCAAUUAAGUUGCAAAUUAGUCAGUUUGAUAGGUGAGUGAAAAACAUCCUCAUGUACUUUUCAAAUAAGCAGAUAAUUUCAUUUAG